CAAAUGGCGACUCAGGACGCUUCUGACAGCGAAGACUGUCCUUUCUGCCAAAUAGCGGACAACCACACUGACACGGAAAUCCUGCUGAGCGAUGAAGAGCUGCUCUGUUUUCGUGACAUCCAGCCCAGCGCCACACAUCAUUACCUCGUUGUUCCCAGGACGCAUAUCGACAACUGCAAAUGUCUCCAGGGGGACGACAUACCUCUGGUGGAGCGGAUGGUUGAAAUGGGAUGGAGUGUACUGAAGAAGACUAAAGUCAGCAACCUGGAUGACGUCAGGAUGGGGUUUCACCUGCCUCCGUUCUCAUCGGUUCCCCACCUCCACCUCCACGCUCUGGCUCCAGCCAGCGAGAUGAGCUUCAAGUCGCAGCUACGAUACGGGCCCCAGAGUCACUGGUUCAUCACAGUCGACAAAGUUCUUUCUCAGUUGAAGACUCGUGGCAAGGUGAAAUGAUGAAGAGUCUUCUUUCAUAUUGACGGGUCAUCCCGCUUCACCGAGUGCAAUUUUAAAUCAGUUCACUACCUGACAUUUUUAUGUGAAUGAGUUAUAAUAAUGUUUAUGCAUCCACUCUAUCUGAUGACUCAUUUGUGGGGAAAAGUGGAAAAAAGGCUCUGUUUUAUAAGUGGAAACUGUAAAAUGUUUCAAAUAAUCUAUUUUAAUAAUGGAUCCUAUAGUCUUAUCAAAUAUAAUGUUGUGCAAUGAAAAGAUAAUUACAGCUUUUAGUAUAUAUUGUUUAUUUAAAUUCAAACCUUGAAGACUAACUUGAAAACACAUACUGUAUAUUGAUACAGUUGGGAAAUAAUUGUAUUUGUAGUUUUUACAAUAUAAAGUCAGUAUUUAUCGGGAUGCACAAUCAUUUUUGUUUAUUUUUACACGUCUGUUUGUGUAUAUGAAGUGGAUGAAUUAAAACAGCUGCUUAUGCCUUGGAUGUACAGUAUUUGUUUCACAGCUGAUGCUCUGGGGGUACAAUUUGUCUUAAAUAUUAAUAUAAUUGUAUAUUUGAUUUUAAUAAAAGCUCCAAAUAAUGG